AUGGAAAUUGAACUUCGAACUAUAAAACACGUGACGCGGAAGCUGCACAGGCACACCUCACAUUUCCAAAAUGGCGUCCGGAGUGAAAGUCGCUGACUCCUGUUCCAAAGCAUUUGACAGACUAAAGAGUGCACAUAGUGUAAAGUUCGUUCUGUUCAAGCUCAACAAAGAACUUACAGAGGUUGUCGUAGAUAAGGAAGUCGUCAGUAAGUCGGGGCAAAACAAAUAUGACUGUUAUGAAGCUUUCGUGAGGAACCUUCCAGACGAUGAGUGCCGGUAUGGCGCGUUUGAAUACGCCGGUCGCGUGGAUUCAGAAGGAAAGGUGGUGGAAAAGGUUGUUUUCGUAUCAUGGGCACCUUCUUGUUCAAAACUGAAGCAUAAGAUGAUCCAUGCUUCCACUCUGUCUGCUGUAAAAUCAAAACUCAAAGUCAACGAUGUUUUGCAGAUACACGAUAAGGACGACCUGGAUGAAGAUUGUAUCUGCUCGAAACUAAGGAUCUCUCUGGACAAAGGGCAUUGUGAAAAACAGAAGGCAUUACAUCCGUAUUGUCCUGAACAAGAUGAAUACGUUGAUCAUGACGAUCAUCACGGCGGUCAUCACGAAGGGGAACAGCAACAGCAACAGUGUCUGCAUUGAGAGGACCAAAACCUCAUGUCAACACUGGGGAUGUAUUUUAUGCAUCCAUACGGACUGGAAUGAUGCUUUUGGCUGUUAUACAUCAUAUUGUAAACAAAGAUUUUCAUAAAGCUGAAGGUUAACCUGAUAAUCAUUGUGAUGUAUUUAUCACUGCUGUCUACAUUCAAAUUGUAAUGUAUACAAUUUUGAGCCAAAAUUGUAGUCACAACCAUAAAGAAAAGUUAUUCAUACUACGUAUACACUAUAUUAGGGACAAGCAUAUGAAUGGAGUCGAAAAGUACCGGAGGAUUAUUUCAGCAUUGUGAAUUGAACUCUUCGCAAAAACCAGUAAAAACACUAUGAAUAAAGACCUAUCGUAGCUAAAAUAUAUAGCAGGAUUGUACAAUUCUGGAAUUUUGACAGUGGUCAACUUUUUUUUUCAGUGGGCCAGUUCAUUACAGUUAACUACUCCUCUAGGCCAGUGAUGUUUCAUCCAUGCAUGUAUAUUCAAAUUGUGAUAGAAUACACCAUUCACAAAUAUUUAUAUAUGAAUAUAAGAACCUUUAAAACUCAUUCACUCCUGAAAAUUUCAUAAUGAACUGUUCCAACCUUUGAAUUUGAAAUGAGUUAAAAGUGCUUCAGAAAAAUGUUGAUGAAUAUUGUUAGGUAGCCAGGGGCAGGGCCGUUGGCAUCAAAUUCAACAAACCCUUUUGACCAAUUAUCAUUUGCCCUUAAUGCUUGCUUACAGACUUAUAGUUAUGGUCGAUGUCGGCUUUGUUUGAAAAAUAACAUAUCACAGAGGCAGGAAAUCUGACUUUCAUCCCUAGUUCUUCAGCGCGAGUCAUGUGUUGGCAAAAGUGAACAGUUCCUACACUUUAACAGUGAUCAGAAAAAACUAAAAACGAAAUAUUUUUCACUGGCCAGUGAUGGUUAUAAUAUCAAGUUACUUUAAACUAUAAAUUCAUCAGCCCUAGGUAUCUCUCAAUCAGAAUUGUACAUCCCUGAAAGUUCUGUGUUAAUUGUUAAUUUUGGCUGCUUCCUGGAAGAACACGUGAACACAUUUUGUAUGAAUAAAAAUAUGUAACCGAAAA